AGUAUUUUUUGUCCUUUUAAAUUUAAUUCCCCCAAAUGUAGCAUUUUGUUCGGCCUAAUUGAGAGGUUUUGCUACUUCCUCUUCUUAUACUAUUUCCUACAAGAGCUGUCGUUGAAGUCGAGCUGGAUGGAUUUCUUUCCCCGUAACAGAUGGAACACAAGAUGGCAGCAUCACUAUUAACUUGAUAGGAAACUCAACUAUGCCAUAUUUUGAAGUUUGAAGAAUUAUUCCAAACAGUAGCUGCAGUGACCAGUUGUCCUACAUGUCAUGCAUGUUUUUGUAAUGAGGGAGGAUCCCAAAGCCACACAAACAUCCAUCCAUUUUCUGAUCCACUUAUCCUCACAAGGGUCGUGGGAGUGCCGGAGCCUGUACUGGAGUCUAUCCCAGCUGUCUGAACUGGUUGCCAGCCAAUGCACAUGAAACCGGAGUCCCCACGCAGGCAGAGGGAGAACAUGCAAACUCCGCACAGGUGGAGCCAGGAUUUGAACCACGGUCCUCAGAACAGUGAAGCAGACAUUUUUAACAGGGCACUGCUGAGACCAGUGGGUGUGAUUCCCUUUUAAGGAGGCCCUGAACCAAUGAAAUGGCCUUAGCAGGAGGUCCUGACUACUUCCUGUGUCACUCAAACUAUCAGGAGGGCAUGGACCGCAGUUCCUCUCACAGGCCUGAGGAGCUGAUUGUUCCAGGCUUUGAGCGCUCAGCCCAUCCAAACUUGCCGCAUCACCAUGAUGACGACGUGGAUCUGGAGAAGCUGGUCAACGAGAUGAACUCUUCGAUGGAGAGUGUAUACUCUACACCGGCGGACACUGCUCUCAUCCUCAACAACGGCCACGUGCCCCACCACCACCACCUUAUGCACGUUCCCUUUGUCAGACACGGGCCAUCCGUCCGACGCCACACGCCCCCCUCCAUCCCCGCGAGGGAGAGGCUACAGCACUCACAGCCAAUGCACAUCCAGGCUGUAAGGUGCCUGCGGCAAGAGCAGCAUCUGCGUCCCGCUUCGCUGCCGGCCAUCCCUAACCCUUUUCCCGAGCUCUGCAGUCCGGCUGGCUCACCAGUUCUCAGUCCCAUCGAGGCUUCUGACCAACACAUAGUGAAGGUGUGGAGUGAGGAUGGGGCUGGCAAAGUGGUGGAGAUCCCGGCGGACAUGACAGCCAGGGACGUGUGCCAGCUCCUGGUCUACAAGAGCCACUGUGUGGACGACAAUGCCUGGACGCUGGUGGAACACCACCCGACCCUCGGCCUUGAGAGAUGCCUGGAGGACCACGAACUGGUGGUACAGGUUCAAGCUUCCAUGAGCAGCGACAGCAAAUUCCUCUUCAGAAAGAACUAUGCCAAAUAUGAAUUCUUCAGGAACCCCCUGAACUUUUUUCCAGAGCAGAUGGUGGCUUGGUGUCAGGAGUCUGAUGGCACAAUCCCUCAAUCACAGCUCUUACAGAACUUCCUGAACUCCAGCAGCUGUCCAGAAAUUCAGGGCUAUCUGCACGUAAAGGAACCGGGACGCAAGUCCUGGAAGAAGAUGUACAUGUUCCUGCGACGCUCUGGCCUUUAUUUUUCCACCAAAGGAACAUCUAAGGAGCCCCGACACCUGCAGCUGUUGUCUGAUUUGGAUGACAGCAACAUUUUCACCAUUAUCACUGGCAGAAAACUACAUAACGCCCCGACAGACUAUCAAUUCUCCAUCAAGCCCAGUAAAGGGAGGGGUGACUGUAAGGAGCUGAAGAUGUUGUGUGCUGAAGACGAGCAGAGCAGAACCUGCUGGAUGACCGCUUUCAGACUCCUUAAGUACGGCCUCGUCCUGUAUAAGAGCUACACUGUCCCCCAGCAAAGGAAGACGAACCUCUCUCAUUUCUCCACGCCUGUGCGGAGCGUGUCAGAGAACUCCCUGGUGGCGAUGGACUUCUCGGGACGGACCGGCCGCGUCAUCGACAACCCUGUGGAGGCCCAGAGCGCCGCCUUGGAGGAGGGACAGACAUGGAGGAAACGGAGCCAGCGUAUGAAUGUCUUGGGCAGCCCGUCGCCCCUACACCCGUCCUCACUGAGCACAGUUAUCCACAGGACGCAGGUUUGGUUUCACGGUCGCAUCAUGAGAGAAGAAGCACACAAAAUGAUCAUACAACAAGGCCAGGUAGACGGUUUAUUUCUGUUGCGGGACAGUCAAAGUAACCCCAAGGCGUUUGUGCUCACCAUGUGCCACCACCAGAAGAUCAAGCACUUCCAAAUUCUACCGUGUGAAGAAGACGGUCAAGUAUUCUUCAGCCUGGACGACGGCGCUACCAAGUUCACCGACUUGAUCCACCUGGUGGAAUUCUACCAGCUCAACAGAGGAGUGCUGCCCUGCAAGCUCAAGCACCCGUGCACCGCCGUGGCCUUGUGACACUCCUCCUUAUCUGCACCCGUUUGGAUUUUUUUUUUUUUGUUUUUUGUUUGCACACAUCCUACCCUCCGACAUCCCACCUAUCCGCCCCACAAUCAGGUGAGUCGAGUUUGGGUGAAGAAGCCGACCGAGCUUUUCUCCGCCUUAUUGCUUUUUUUUGGAGGUUUGAAGGGGUGCAGAACGUCGCGGAUUGCGGACUCCCACGUGUUGGCCGCGGAGUCGGGAACUUUUGUGAUGGUGCACAGUAGGUCGUGAGCGACGGCUCCUCCCUCCCCCUUAACCCCUUCCACGACCCCACCCAAUUUCCCCCAGGCCUGAUAAGCUGUGGCGCAGGAAGCGCCACCCUACUUCUUCUUCAUUUGAUCAUCAGGGAUGGAGGGGAAUCCCUCCGGGUCUCGAGCAAACUUUAAAUCCGUGAGGUUUUCUCAACCUGUGCAGUCCAGUCUGGAUAAGCUGACAACAUGACACCGCCCACUCCACCGAACAUCCCCCCGCCCCUCCUCCCACCCACGCCCAAACCACAACCCACGUGUGUGGCUCUACUGCUGUGUCCAGGAUCAAGUCAAGCAUGAGGAGAAGGAUCUAAAUAAGCAAAGGCUUAUCAGAAAGGACAAAGGAAUGUUCAUCUGGAAGGCCGUGACGAGCCUCUCUUAGACUUGAUUACUUGAUCUCAUUUUAAUGCUGUUUUAUUACUGUUGAUUCAAUGCAGAACUAGUUUGCACUCGCGCGCGGGGGUCUGGGGUGGCACCAGUCAGUCGACAUAAUCAUCGCCCAUCGUCAUCAUCCUCUUCCAAUUGAGAGAAGCAUUGGUGUCAAUCUCCAUCCAUGCUGAUGGUAUUUAAAAAAAAAAAAAAAAAAGAGAGAAAAAUGGGGGGGUAGGGCAAAGAGUCACGGCUGAUGAUGUGGUGCCUUUUCGAAAGGUUAGAGAACAUCUCAGCGCUGCGUGUAGGUCACAAUACCGCGGCCACACUACUGUAGUAACGACGAGAAAGGCGAAAAGAGUGCAACCAGGAAGAGGAGGAGCAUCUCAAAUCUGCUUUGAAAAUUUGAGAUUUCUCGGCUCUGUGAAUGUCGUCUUGCUUUUAUUACUCAAAUCGGUUCUCAGCUUGCUGCUUGCACAUCUUCAUCGAAGGGUCAGAGGCAUUCUGACCACUGCCCCCCCCUUGCGCCCCCCCUCGCCCCCUGCCCCGCUCAGAAGAGACAAAUUAAAGAAAAGCACUCCCACAUUUGUAUUUUUUUUUUUUGAGAGUGGAAAUGAACAAAAAGACUUGAAUUGUGAAACUCAGCUGACUGCGCAUCAAACACAAUCAAAUGAGCUUCACUUGCCUUAAGUGAAAACAAUGAGCCUUGUACAUACAAUUGAAACAUGCAUAUGUAUAAAUGCACACACAGUGAUGAUUAACAAACUUUUUUUUUUUCUUUGCGGAACAUGAAUGCCACUGUCGUAACUAUGUGCUAACUAUGGAGCAACAACCGGCUACAAGCCCGGCUGACAAUAUUCAUCCAAAAGCUUCUCCAGCAACUCAUAUAUAGUACUUCAUUUAAACCAUACACACAAAUGAAUAUUAUUUUUGUUUUUUUUUUUGUUUGUUUUUUUUUCGUUAUUUUGAGUGGGAGGGUAGUUGCUGGCUGCAAUUUACUGUCCUAAACAUUGCUAACUGUAAGCAAAUUUAACCCCCCCCCCACCAACCCUCCACAAAUGUAUCAAAAAAAAAAAACUGUAUCAUGACCUAAAUUGAAAGAGCAAAAAAAUAGUUAGACCCAAGAUAUUGUCCUGCAUCAGCCAACUAGCUAUCUUGGCUAACAAUUCCACCCAAACAAUUCUCCAACAAAUCAUAUUUUUGUUUUAACCCAAAAGAAAAUGUAAAUAAAAAUCCUCUAUCAUGAGCUAAAUUAAUUUUUUUUAAAAUGAUGCAAUCUAUCCCACUUGCAUCGGCAGGUUUAACUAUGAAGCGACAACCAGCUUGCUCGCCUUCACCCCAAAAGACUCCAAACUGGUCAUAUUUUUUCCCAUUUACCCAGACACAAAUGAUUAUAGAAUAACGUUUCAUCUCUUGUUUUGUUUUGUUUUUACACCUGAGCAAUUUGUUUCUGAUUCCAUUUCAGCACACUAAGCCAGAUGAUGCUAACUUUUGGCUAACUUGUUUGUUUCAUGAUUGAGCUACAACCAGCUAAUGAUUCCUGGCUAACAAAAUCUACCCAAAAAGACCCACUAACUGGUCAUAUUUUUCAUUUAAUCCACACAAAUUAUAUAUUUUUUUUUAACUGACUGAACUAUCUGGCUAUAUUUCAGCACUCUAAGCUCGAUGGUGCUAACUUUCGGCUAACCUAUUUAAUUCAUGAUUGAGCUACAACCAGCAAGCUAUACAGACUAACAAAAUUAUACCCCAAAAUACUUUGUAACUGGUCAUAUUUUUCUAUUUAAUCCACACACACAAAUGAUUAUACAUGUAUUUUUUUUUUUUUUGCACCCUAGCUAUCUGGCUAGAUUUCAGCACACUAAGCUCCUUCUUGCUAGCUGUUGGUUAACUUGUAGCUAGCCACUAGCUCUUUUUUGUUGUUGUUGUCUUUUAUCGAACUAUGGUGCAAAAACCAGGUAGUAUGGCUAACAAAAUCUCCCCAAUACUCUCUCCAACAGGUCAUAUUUGCAAUUAAUCCCUUUUUUUUGUGAGGAACUAUUUGUUUCUUGCGGUUUUUCUUGAUGGGCUUAAAUCAAUAUUUCAUUGGUGUGGACCAACAUUUCAAAGGUUCAACUUAUCUGAUAAACAGCGGUAGUACAGUCUACUAUAUACUUUUUAAACUAUACUUUGCUUUCUGCUUCUUAGUAGGAAAUGUCAUAGGUCUGAUAACUUUUUUUUUUAAAGAAUCCAAUCUUUUUGUUUUAUUAGUUAACGGUCCAAGUCAUUUUCACGGCGCUUUAUUUUACUCUCACAAGCAACCCCCUAAAAUCCAUCUUGUACAAGAGACGGGUCAGCACAAGGCGCAGCGUCGUAUCACUUGGGCCCACGUCACCAAGCGGGGAGUCCUCUGUCCAGGGAUUGGAUAAUGCUUGAACCUACUACUCCCUCGAACACCCCCCCACCCCCCUUUCCCUCUGCCCACUCGCUCCCACCUGUGUCCAGCCUCUAAGCUACGAGUCAGUGGUGAAUAUAAGUGUGCGUGUUUAUGUGUGAGAGCGAGAGGGAGUAAGGCUCGACUGUUAUUGUUAACUUCUGGUUUCAUCCAACUUGCCUUGUAGCGAGAGACGGUACGGAAAGUGAAGCGAUGCCUUAGAUUCCACGUUAUUCGGGGAGGGGGGCUGGGAAUCGAACCACGUCACUCUUAGACACCCCGUAGGCCCGAGUCCCCCAAUCACCUCUUUUUUGUUUUCAUUUGAAAUCACUGUGUCCAACGUGAUGACGGUCGUGUAGUGCAACUUGAAUGCGUAUGUGAAGGCUAUGGUGGGGAUCAAACACUGUACCUGGGUCACAGAUCACUAAUGUGUGGCGGUUAUGCGUCGUCCAUAACGCCUUGUAAAAUGAAGAAUGCUAUUUUGUCCCGAAUUCACUUUUUUUUUUUUUUUGGUGUACAUUGACAUUAUUGUAUUUUCUCAUCAGUUUUAGUCACAGAUUAUAUAUGUACUUUAUGUGUAUAUAUAAUAUAUACAUAUAUAUGUAUAUGCAUGUAUAUGCAGUAUGUAUGUAUAUAUGUGUGUAUAUGUAUAUACAUACACAUCUAUAAAGAAUAUACCACAUUAUAUACAGUAUUAAAUUAAACAUGCUCAAUUUUAUUUUAAGACAAACUGGACUUUUUUUUUUUUGCCAUUUGUCCAACUUUACUGGUGUUAGGGUCACACUAAAAAAGAAAUAAAAAAAAAAAGGUAAAAUUGUAGAGCAAAAAAUGUCACAAGUGUGACGCCGUGACUAAUUAAGCAAAAAUAUUACAACAGUGAAGAAAUUGCUUUUCGAGGAAAAACAAGAAUUUCAAAUACAUGUAAUAUUACCAUAAGUUAAGAUGACACUUUUUGGGAGGGGGGAAAUAAUCUUACAAUGGGAAAAAAAAAGUAGCAAAGAAUUUUUUUGGGUCACAAUCUUGGGAAAUAAAAAAGUGACAAGCUUCUGAGGCAAAGAAAAUAAAUAAAUAUUUGGCAUGUUUGUGAUUGGGGAAGAAAUGACCAAAAUUAAAGACUAAUUUAAAAAGUAAUCAUUAUUAUUAUUAUUAUUAUUGUGGCUGUGGGGGGGGGGUGAUUUUUUAGGAAAAAGUCUUAAACUGCUCUUAAAAGUUGCAAACUUAAGAAAACCAGUCCCAAGUUAGAGGAAAUAAAGUCCCAAUUGUUUGAGGCAUACAUUUUUCAGGAAAGUAUAAUUUUUGGGGAGGAAAAAGUUGCACAUUUUAGAGCAAAAUUUUAAGUCGCUAACACUUAAGGAAAUAGUACGUUCAUUUUUAUUUUAUUUCAUUAUAUUCCUCCCGGGGAAAUUUUGUGCAGAAAAAAAAUGUCUCAAAUAUUCAUGGAGGAAAAAAAAACACUUUCAAGAAUAGACUUUAAAAGAAAGCUCAACAGAAGGUGUGAUUAUUUUUGAGUGGAUGUCAUUUUCUGUGACCAUAUUCUUGUAAAAUGACACGAAAUUGUCAUAAUACCACAACUUUCUGUGACUUUUUAUUUAUUUGACUUUUGUAAUUCUGAUUUUUGCUUUCUUCUACCCCCCGAUCUGAUGUUCAGUCAACAGCAUGUUUGCAUUGGAUGUUACUUGUCCAUUUGAUUUUUGAAGCAAAUGUUUGGUCAUGUUCCUUUUUUUGUGGGGGGGGGGGAUUCAUAUUCUUUGGUAUUCAUCCAGUCAUGAAAGGCACUGGGUGCAAUUGUUUUUUUUUUUUUUCCCAGCGUAUGGCAAAGAGGUUCUAUAGCGGUUGUCGCCACAGGUUUUCUCCAUCCAGUCCAUCCACUCGCUCUCGAUUUCCCACUCAAGCCAAUCGUCGACGGUGUUUUCAUAAGCUCAGUCUUCAUAAGCUCAAGUCAAACAAUCAACGCGUCAGGGAAAGGAAAAUGGAGAAGAAGAAAAGUCCACACGUGAAUUGUGUUUCGCUCAAUGUUUUGUUUUUCUUUUCUUUUUUUUUUGUGCUUUUUGCUUCACAUUCUGUAAGCGUCCACACAGCUUCUGGAUCGACAUUGUAUCCUGUUCAGGUAUUUUUUUGUACAAAUAAGGGACUGGUAUAUUCUCUGUUUAUUGGAAAUUAGAAUAAAAUACGACGUUGCUAUAAACCAAAA